CGGCGUUAACCCUACAAGCGACACUUUUAGCUCCCGCGACAAUGGUCGCUGCUUGCCGGAAUCUGCAGCUCGCGACCUUGGCGUUGAGCCGUAAGAAUCUUGUGUGCAAUCGCUGCAUGAGCCUUGAAUCAGCCUUCACUUGGAAAAAGCAUGAAGAUACCGUGUAGCUCAGUUGAGUUUCCGAAGCAGCAAAAGACGCUGAAGGCAGACCUCUUUGCUAGCCAACAUCACACAAUCGUCUUCCUUGAAUCGACGCCACCAUGAAACUGAACGCCCGCAUCGCUGUCACAAGCGAACCCAACAACUAUCAGCUCGAAAGAUCGAUAAAAACGAAGCACAUCGCGUGAACUGCCGAACCUUUACUGCAAUUUCACGUUUCUACCAUACUUUGCAGACCAGGUGUCGUCGUCGUAAGUGCUGCCCAUGUAGAUUUUUCCAAGCGAAUCAGAGGAAUCGCAUUUUUGUCUCUGGUUUUUGUUUUUCUUGUUUUUUCUCAUGUUGUUUCAUGAAUAGAAUCAGUGCAGGGUGAUGGAGGUGUCACUCUGCUAGCGUUGGUUGCAGCUGACAUGUUUCAAGCUGACCGUGAGGACAGUGUAAAGUGUCAAGUGUGGAAUUAUAAGGCCGAGUGCCCCAAGUGGGGCGCAAUGGGUGACAUGAUAGUUGCAUACAUUAGAAAGGUUGCGAAGGAUUCCUUGAAUGAGCUGCGGACGCCUUGGCAGCACAUCGAUAUACUGCUUGUGCGAUGGAUUCUCUGUAAGAGCCUGAGGCAAGUCUUCGAGAUUCCCUGCAUCAGAUGUCGACCUGAGUUGCACCGGAAUUUUUUUCUACAACACCUGGAUUAGGGUUGGUGCCAUGGGUAAUGCAGCAGGGCAAGGGGGAAGAGAACGUCGCAGGUUCACCUUAAUUCUUAUCAACUUGGCUGCUGUUUUGGAGCGAGCCGGUGAGGCCCUCCUUCGACCUGUCUACGAUCAGGUCGGAAAAUCCUUUGGAGUAACAUCUGCAGCGUUAGGAACGUUAACAUUUAUAAGGUCACUUGUUCAAGCACUGUCAUCUCCUUUGGCUGCCUAUUUGGCAAUUAACCAUGAUCGAAUUAUUAUCAUUGCGAGUGGUGCACUGGCGUGGGCUAUUGCCAAUGCAGCUGUUGGGGUGUGCACUGCUUAUUGGCAGGUGGCUAUUGUGAAAGCUUUCAAUGGCAUUGGUCUGGCGAUGGUGGUUCCUGCAAUACAAUCGCUUGUUGCUGACAUGCAUGAAGAGAGCCAACGAGGAAUGGGGUUCGGCUGGCUUCAUGGAGCCGGCCAAGUUGGAACACUCUUGGGUGGUGUUUUUGCGACAUUUUUGGCUGCGAGGACUGUAGGGGUUUUAGCUGGAUGGCGUUUUGCAUUCUUUUUUAUUGCGAUCGUAAUCUUGAUCCUAGCAGUUGCAAUUUAUCUAUUUGCCGAAGAUUCAAAACCGCCUUCUCGGACAGCAGGGAUACCCAGUCAUGGGUCACUUGAUCAAAAUGGCAACGCAACAAUUCCAACAUGUCCACAGAAGGAAAGGCGGGUCAAAACGCUCUGGAAAGGGACAAAGAAAGUGUUGAAGAUGAGGUUAUCUGCUCUAUGGUUCUCUCCCAUGAGGUUCCUACUUUCCAAGUUAUUUUGGCUCAGGGCCUGGCAGGACAAGUCCCGUGGCAAGCCAUGUCUUUCAUGACACUGUGGCUAGAGCUACUUGGAUUUGGUCACACUCGGGCUGCUUUUCUGGUGGCUCUCCUCUCAAUCGGCAACAUGCUUGGGUCUAUUUUUGGUGGUUGGUUAGGUGACACAGCCGCCAGACGAUUCCCAAAUGUUUGGCGUAUCAUGUGUUCUCAAUUUUCAACUUUUGUCGGUAUACCUCUCUCAGCGAUCCUCUUGUUGGGACUACCGCUGAUCGUCAGGUUUGCGUGGGCAUAUGGCUUGAUUUUCUUCUUCAUGAGCUUUUUGAUGUCGUGGAAUUCGCCAGCAACAAACUGACCGCUAUUUGCUGAAAUUGUCCCAACUGAACUCCACACCACAGUGUACUCGAUCGAUCAGGCUAUUGAGAAAUCAUUGGCAGCUGCUGGGGCACCAUUAGUGGGAAUACUAGCGCAAAGUUUAUUCCAUUAUCAUUCACAGAAGGGAAACUUUACUCCAGAUUUUCAUAAUGCGAAGGCCCUAGCUCACGGCUUGUGUGUGCUGAUUGCAUGCCCAUUCUUCAUAAGCUUCCUGGUCAUCACUUUCUUGUACUACACGUAUCCGAGAGACAGAGACCGUGUGAAGGAGACAGAUCCGUCUGCGGAAGGAAUGUGCGGCCAAGCCAAAUUGGAGGAACCCCAAUAAGCCUUAAUGAAAAUUUUGUCGUUCUGCAAAGAUGGUCGGGGCGUACAGUAAUCUACUCUGUGCCAUUGCGCUGUAAUAAUUGGUCGGUAGACGAGUGUAAGGAUCAGAUGUACUCUAGUUAGGAUUAGGAAUUCAUUUUAUAGCCACGUUGGCUUUGUGAUCUGCUUCUCCAGAAGGUCUGUAAUGAAUUCCUAUUUAGGUCUGUGCAUACAAGCAGAGCUCUUGAAGUGCGUUUGUGGA